AUCCCACAAAAGUCCACAAAGGCCAGCGUACGCCUACACGGCUACACUUCUCUCUCUCUCUCUCUCUCUCUCUUGGUGCGUGCGAGUUGCAUUGGCUGGUUAAUCCAUGGCUCGGUGUGUAGAGGACACGGCUCGAGCCCUGGCGUGCCGGGACGGCAAAGCGGCGGCGCACCUGAAGCUGAUAUCCAUCUGGGUCAUCUUCUUCACCAGCGUGGUGGGCAUAUCUUCACCGGUAAUGCUGGCUCGCUACUUCCAAGGGAAGCCUCUGUACGACAAGGCGGUGCUGGUGAUCAAGUGCUUCGCGGCCGGAGUCAUCAUGUCCACAUCAUUGGUCCACGUCCUCCCGGACGCCUUCGACGCCCUCUCCGACUGCCGCGUGGCCUCCCGCCACCCCUGGAAGGACUUCCCCUUCUCCGGCCUGGUCACCAUGGUGGGUGCCCUUCUCGCUCUCCUCGUGGACAUCACCGCCAGCUCGCACGUGGAGCAUAGCCACCAGAACCCUCGCGACCACUACGCUCCCGUGCCAGCGCUGACGCAGGAGGAGCUGAUGGAGACCAAGAAACCCUAUGAGUCGAGAAGUGAAGCGGGCGAGUUGGGACCGAGUCAUGAGCUGAUGGAGACCAAGAAACCCUGUGAGUCCAGAUGUGAAGCGGGCGAGUUGGGACCGAGUCAUGAGCAGCGAGUUGAGGAGUUGGUUAGACUGAAGCAGAGGCUGGUGUCGCAGGUGUUGGAGAUAGGUAUAAUAUUCCACUCGGUGAUAAUCGGAGUGACGAUGGGGAUGUCUCAGAACCAGUGCACCAUCCGGCCGCUGGUGGCGGCGCUGGCGUUCCACCAGAUCUUUGAAGGCAUGGGGCUCGGUGGCUGCAUUGCUCAGGCGGGAUUUGGGUUCGGAACGACGGCCUAUAUGUGCUUUAUGUUCUCAGUGACAACGCCCGUGGGGAUCGUGAUGGGGAUGAUAUUGUUCUCAGCGACAGGCUACGAUGACAGUAACCCUAAAGCGUUGAUCAUGGAGGGGUUGUUGGGGUCCUUCUCUUCGGGAAUACUCAUAUACAUGGCUCUGGUGGAUCUCAUAGCCGUUGAUUUCUUCCACAACAAGAUGAUGAAUUCCAGUCCGUGGAUGAAGAAGACUUCGUACAUCGCCUUAACCCUCGGCUCUACUGCAAUGUCUAUCCUUGCCAUCUGGGCUUGAGGCCUGAAAUGGUGUUUUGUUUGUGAAAAAGCAUUGGAAUUGGAAUCAUAUGGGGGAGGCUUCAUGAUAUGGGAAUGUACAUUUCAAAACUUCUGGUACCAUGUUCUUAGCCUCUCCCUCUUUCUCUCUCCAUUUAAAUCUUGGAGACAUAAUCAAAAGUAGAUUGGUCAGCAUUUGAACAAAUCUUCUUUCCAAUUCUCAUGUUCCUUGAAUAGAGGAUUUUGUUUCCUUUACCAUGCCACAUUUUACAUGGCGACACUUAUAUGCAAGUUUAUGAGAAUUUAUGAUAUGUUUGAGUGUGCA